AUGGCCGAAGUUGCAGCCACUCCAUCGCAAACCUCGGCUGCCGGGGCAGCUGUUCCUGCAGUUGCAGGUAGCUCUUCUCGGCCAAAAAGUCCGCUUUUGUUCGCCUCUUCGCCGCCCUCUACCACCCCACGUGCAAUCACGCAGCAUCACCAGCACGCUCAACAUCAAAUCCGAACUGACCAGGCGCAACCUGUGCAGCCUCAAUACAAUCCAACGAACUCCCCGGGAGAUGGUAGUUCGACUAAUUUUUUCUCGCACCACCAGCGACUCUCUCCACAAGACUCCAUGCACUUAUCCUCCACAGAGAGAAAUAUCCCGCGCGGUUUACCUCCAAUAGCCUCUUCAAUGCCGGGCGCCUCGCCCCCAGGGCCUUCGCAAAAUGACCCCCGACAACCAAUAUCGCCCAGGACCGUAUCUCUGGGUUUAAGCGACUCUUCACAGGGCCUCGAGGGAGUUACGGGCGAUACGGCGCCACGGAAGCGGUCCAAAGUUUCGCGCGCCUGCGACGAGUGCCGGCGAAAAAAAGUAGCGAUUCUAUCCUCCAUGUGCGCGGUUCAUUACUAAAAUUUCCUCUCCCCUAUAGAUACGAUGUGACGCGACUUCGGAAUCUGGUGUUGAGCAGUGCUCGAGUUGCAAGCGAGUCGGUUCCAAGUGUUCUUUCAGCAGGGUUCCCAUGAAGCGCGGGCCAAGUAAAGGGUAAGAGGAAAUAAUUUUCAUAGCUCUUGCCAGUUCCGCUCUAAUUUCCACGUCCCAGCUACAUCAAAGAGUUGGCCGACAGAUUAAACACUCUCGAAAAUUCCAUGUCUACGGGUGACAUGCAUUCAUCUUACGGUUCGGGUAUGGCCGGUGAAGGGGAUCAAUCGCCCGGCCCUUCGGAUUCAACGUCGCCUCCACCCGCUGGGCCAUCCAGCUCGCAAAAGCAAUCAAGGAAGAGAACUUUAUCGACAUCCAGCGAUUUUCAAUCGUCGGUACAUCUUCAGCCGCUAUCCCAAUCUAAUCCGACAUCCAGGUCGAAUGAACGGCUGCCCUCUAUCGAUUCAUUCCAUCCCACGACACAACAUCAGCAUCAACAGAGAGCGCAGCUUCUGCAUGAAUCACAACCACAGCGACAGCUGCCACACCCUCAACAAGCCCCACCUACCCAUGCGCAUCAACCUCCACCACCCCCGCCUCCGCCUCAUCAAGUGUCACACCAACAUCCGCCUUCAACCGCUGAACCUUCCGCACCGGGUUAUAGGACCGCUUUAUCGCCAAAUGGCACGGGCCAGUAUUGGAAAUCUGGGGUCCCCGAUGUCGGCGGCCGGCGUGCAAGUGUAAGUUUUCCAUUUGAAUCGCCGGAUCUCGGGCGUUCCGCUGCUGGCUCGACUCCCGCGGAUAUAAGUGGAUUUGAGUGGGAUGAUGAAACGAUCGAUCAGUAAGUGGUCCCAAUAAUACCAGCAGUCUAUUUAUCCAUCUUCAUACGGUUUCACACAUUUUUGAAAGAUUUCGUGAAACUUAAUUGACGAUCGUUUAACCUUAUGACAGAUACUAUGAAUUGAUACAUCCGACAUUCCCCCUUCUUCCUCAUUCAAAGGACCGUCUUCACCAGCGGUUAGCGAACACUCCUGCCACAGUGAGGGAGGCUUUCUUGGAGGCUCUUUAUGCUGCCGUUCGAUCGAAUCCAUCAUCACAUCUUCGACCUGAUUCACCGUCAGCGGAUACAAAGAGAGCAUGCGAAUUGACGUUGGCCUCUCAGUUCGAUAGCCCUGUCGUUCGAUCGAUGCCUACGAAUAUCCUGUACCUUCAGACCAUGAUUUUGUUGGGCCUAGAAUCUGAUAAUCGCGGUCCGGCUACAAUGCGUGGACUCGGACCGCCGAGAGCGAUUUGGCUUGGUGCGGCCGUUGGUCUGGCCUACAAUCUAAAGCUGCAUCAGAACCGGUGUCGGGGGGAGUAUGCCAACGGAGACUCAGAUUCUGACGAGAGGUUGGGCCGACGGGCAUGGUGGGUCCUGGUGAUCUUGGAUCGCUGGCAUGCGAUAAGCACAUCCAGUCCAUUAUUUAUCCCAGAUUCCAGUGUUGUCUUGGUACCGGAGGACUAUCUAUUACUUGGAUCAGUCCCAUUUCAUGUUGCACGUAAGUCUGAACACCGAACCAACAUUCCGCGGCAACAAGGUUGACUGAACCCAACAGGCCUAUCUUGCAUUUUGGGACAUCUGGCGGAGGCGUUUACCACCUCGGAUGAAGCUGUUUCGGCGGCUUUGCAUAACCCCUUCAUUUCCAAGCUGCUGCGUGGCGAGCUCGAGCGGUUCCGUGAAAGCAUUGACGGGAUAUGGGGUUCGCAGAACCUCCUCCACGUGGCAUAUUACCAUGUCAAGUUACUCGUGCUGAGACAUAAUCCCACAUCCGAACCGCACCAACUUCUAGGGCCAGCCUCGAGGAUCGUCACGAUGCUCGUGAGCCCAAACACACCGAUAACACCACUCAACCACCACUUUGCAGCACUGGCACUCGUCACUCUCGCGGACCUUGCCGAGGUCCAGGAGACUAGAGAAGAAGCCUCCAAAGGUAUCCAGCAGCUGGCCGACGCAUUAGAGCAGCGAAGGGGCAUUGCCACUGCCGAAGAUAGUUUCGGGUGGGACAAGGCAGUCAAAGACCUGAUUACACGGAGGAAGAUGGACAGAAUCGGUGGACCCGGCGGUGGACCCCCUGACAUCCCACCUGGCCACGGCAGUCUCCAACAUCUGGCUGAGUUAGCCGUCGGAGAGCGAAGCCCCAGGGACACCACAGGCCUUGUGAGGAACAAGCAACUCGAUACCGAAACUCUCCAGCGGCACGGGUACCUCGGAUCAAUGCUGCUGUAAGAGGGGGAAGUACAUUGGGGGAGCGUUUCUUCUCUUAUUUAAUCGGGAGAGGCAUGAAAACAGGGAAAACAGCACUACUACCACAGUGGGAAAAUGAAAGCAAGAAAUCUCUGGACAUGGGCGUUUAAACCUUUUGAUUUUUGAUUUUUGCGGGAGCAGCAAGGGGGCUAAGGUUAUCUGAUUUCAACCUGGGUUUCGUGGGAACAAAAUUCUCUUGUUUUUCUUUUUCGAUUCCCCCACCUUUUUUUUCCUCUUUUUCUUUCUUCACCUUUUUCUUUCUUGUUCACUCGGUUUAGGCUUCAAUUUCCAAUUUUCAAUUUCUCCCUCGAGGAUACUGAUCGAUCCGUUAUUUACCCCUUUUAAAUGGUGCGGUGCGAUAUUCGUCCCACUUUCAUAUUUCUUCCUCGGAUCACGACAUCUUAAUUCUGCUCUGGCCUUUUCACUUUUUACCACUAUUUUUUUUAUUCACCCUCAAGUUCAAUUUAGCUGGGAGGCCUGUAUUUUUUUUUACUUUUUUUUUUCUUUUCGUUUUCACCCCUGUAUCUUUUACCACCUUUCUUCUUCUUCUUCCCUGAUCCCCUUCACCCUUGAUUCAACUAUCAUAUCUCAUUCCAUCAGAGCUGCGAGGUAGAUAGAUAGCGAAUGUCUACGGUAUCAGGGGGUGUCGGGAAUACCAUAUCUUUCUUCAUUACUAAGCCGGCUCUGUAGCGUAAUUUAGCAUGCCCGUAACUCCUUUCCCUCCUCCUCCAACAUGCAUCAAUUUUUCCUUUCAGCUCUACAAACCCACACAGAGACAUUAUACGCUCUGGUUCUUUCCCUUUCCCAUUCUUUUUUUCAUUUUUACCUUUUAUCUUUCUCUCUUCCUCUCCCGGAUAUCCGUUUUCGGGCACGAUAGAGAGGAAGAAUGGUAAAAAAGGAAAGAAGGGGAAAAAAAUCAAGUACCGUAAUUGCUACUGGUAUUUUAUUAUUAUUAUUAUUGGGGAAAUUCUUAUGUUAUCAUACUGGUAUAUAAAAAGUCGUGGCAUGUCCUUACUCUUGUACAGUACAGCAUACUGAGUACAGUAUCCCGCAUCGCGCUGUACAGUACCAGUAUUGUACACUACUAACUUUUCCUUCCUUCCUUCACUCCCCCGGUGAUAAAUUAUCCGAGCGGGUGCGAAUCCGUUUGUCCUUUUUUUCUCUCCCUUCCUUCCGGUGCGGGAUUGUUUGUUUGUUUGCUUGCUUGCUUGUAUACGCCCUGCGCGUUCCGUGUAUACAGACAGCCAGUCAGUCCAUGGGACACGAUUCAUUGUCUGUCUAUAAUUUUCAAAGUAACGCGCUAUAUGAUAAAUAGCAGUGCAGCGCCUCCCGACAACACAAGCAUAACCCCACCGAAUAAAUAAAGAUGGCCAUCCCAAUCUCACUGAAACAACAACAUUCCUUGACUCAUUGCCCUGGCGAAUCGCCACAACCGAGCCGUCAAGAAAUCCAAAAACUGGGCUUUCUGGUGAUUACUCUGUCGAGCAAGCCCGCUCCGGUCCAUCCAAGCAUGGGUAUAAUAUAUAAGUUUAGCACUGUGAAGAAGAAUGUCCGUGAUUAUCGGGGAGGUAGGGGUACGGUAGCCGAGGAUUCGCGCUUGCGAGGCGUUCCCGACGGAAGGAUGUGCCUGAUCUGAUGGGCGCUGCUGCUGAUCCCGGGUGUGUGUUGUCGAUAUGAUACUUGCGCACGACCGGGAUUGGCCUUGGGUGGCGGGGAACGUCAGGGGUUUUGGCAAGUACCGAAUGCUUGCUGGGUACAAGUACAGCCCAGCCCAGCAUAGUACCGUACCGUAUCGGUCGGUACUCGCACAGUAUGAAUGAAUGAAUGAAUAAAUGAGUGAAAUGAACCUUCCGAUGUGCCGGUGGGGUAGAGCUACCGGUAUGUAGGAUUUUGUAAUGCGAAUCGAUAUCCAUCCUCUCCCUUCUGUCGGACACACGAGUGAUGAUGAUGUGUUUUUUUUCUUUUCCGCCUGUCACCUCUGUAUUCAUGUUCUGACCGACCGCGAUAUGACAACUUGACCCGCCAUCGCGUUGAUUGAUCCCUUGCAUGAUCCGUUGCGUUACGUUACGUUACGUUACGCUCGGGUCUGGCAGGUACCGUACCGUACGAUCCGACGGGUCGAGCUUUAACGCAGCUACCUACCUAGCUAGCCAGCCAGCCAUCGGUUACCACAACUAACUCAACUCAAGUGAGAUGGGAUGGGAUGGGAUGGGAUGGGAUGGGAUGGAAAUAUAUGUUUUGGCCUUUUCGCAUCUGGAGCUUGUGGGCAUGGUGGUCUUGUGACGCGAUAGAGUACUGUACUGUACCCUACAGUAAGUAACUGUACAGUAUGUAUGUAUGCAGACUACCGGUACCGUACGCCACGGUAACGUACUGUACAAAAAGUUUUGUGGAAAAGCCUCAUGAUGUGGGUGGAUGCCAUGAUACAUACACCCGUAUGAUGGCGUCCUGGCGUAUGGUAUCUCGAGCCUUGACGGUUUUUUUAAUUUUUUUAGACAUCUUGUUUCGGGAGAUGGCGAGUGUGACCUGCUGGUAUCGUAGCCUUACCGUAUGUGUGUGUGCAUGUGUGUGGGGGGUGGUACCGUAUGAUACUUGCCACGGGGAGACUUCUUUUUUUUUUUUUUUUAAUUAUAGUAUUAUGAGGGGGGGUCACUUUGUAUUGGUUGGUUUUUCGCAAUACUUUUGGGAAUGCUUGUUUUGAUGUUUUGUAUCAUACCGGUGUGAUAUGUGCGAGUAACUUACAGUAUCAUAAGUGCGAUACCGUAGUAGAGUGCGUGAUGGAAAAUAAAUAAAUAAAUGCAACAGGCUACGGUACGAGUAUGAAGAUCUAAU